AUGACGGUUUCGACGGAGACGGCGCGCUCGGGCCCCUACGCGGGCAAUGGUGUGGCCGACACCUUUGCCUACGAGUUCCGCAUUCAGCGGGACGCCGAUCUGCUGGUGACCCAACUCGACCAGGUCGGGGUGGAAACGGCCCUGGCGCUCGGCGCCGACUACGGCGUGACCGGAGUGGAUCAGCCGGAGGGCGGCGACGUCGUCCUGGCCGCGCCGCUCCCGAGCGGUUUCCAGCUCGUCAUCACCCGGGACGUGCCGGCAACCCAGGAGGUCGAUCUCGAGAACCAGGGCGCCUUCUUCGCCGAGACGAUCGAGCGUGCGUUCGACAAGCUGACCAUGCUCGCGCAGCAGAACAAGGAGAGCGACGCCCGGACCGUGACCCUUCCGGUGGUCAGCCAGGGCGUGUCGACGCGGCUGCCGGGCGCGGUACCCGACAACGUGAUCGGCUGGAACGCGGCGGCGACGGCGCUGGAAAACAAGGUGCCGAACACGGAGGCCUACAUCGGCGCCGAGCGGAAGUCCUGGCUCGACACUCAGGGCCAAGCCUAUUGGGCCGGCACGGCGGGGGGGACGGCCAAUGCCCUGACCUUGGCGCCUUCUCCGGGCGUCAUGGCCUAUGCGGCCGGGCAGGUGUUCCGGUUCCUCUCCGGCGCAACCGCGAAUACAGGGGCCGCCACGGUCGCGGUCUCGGGGCAGGCCGCCGUUGCCUUGCAGCUCGCCGGGUCUGGGCUUUCGGGCGGCGAGAUACAGGCGGGGCGUCUCUAUCAGAUCGUCUACGACGGGACUGCAUUUCAGCUGGACCAGUCGUUGUCCGGCAGCUUCGCGCCGUUGCGCGGCUAUAUCUCCGGCCUCGAGAUGAGCAACGGUGUCGACACGGACCACGACCUGAACGUGGCUGUCGGCGUCUGCACGGCGGACGACGGCUCCACGUCGAUCCGGUUGACCUCCGCGCUGACCGACGUGCCGAUGGAUGCGACCUUCAGCGAGGGGGCGGGCGGCGGCAUGGUCGCGGGCGAUAGCCUUCCGACGAACGGUACCGUCCAUCUCUUCCUAAUCGACGGCAGCGGCAAGACGCCGAAGCUGCUUGGCAGCUCCAGCGCCGGGUCGGGUCUAUCGCCCACGCUGCCGAGCGGCUUCACGGUCAAGCGGCGGAUUGGAUCACUGGCCACUGGCAGCUUGGCGAAUUUCGUGUUGUUCCUCCAGAGCGGCAACUCGUUCCGCUACGUGACGAGCGGCGCCGACGCGCCCCAGAUCGUUGACGAGACACGCGCCGUACUCACUGUUGCAGUUCCCAAGCAAAUCGAGACCAUUGCUGUCUUCAACGCUUCCUGCAAGCGGGCCAGUGCCUCGGUCGGCAUCCUGUUCAGCGCGCUGGACGAAACGGACUCGGCGGUGGCUUUCCCCAGAAUCUCACUUGCGACCGAGACCGCCAACGGCGUCGCGUCCGGGCAGUUCCGGAUCAAGACCAAUACCAGCGGGCAGAUCGGCGUGCGGUCCAAUGCCGCUCCGACGGAGGUCUACCUGUCGCUCACCGGUUGGGUCGAUCUGAGCCGCUAG